CCCAUUUUGAUCGGAACUCAAAUCCAUUCGAGCUGUUCGUUUUCUGAAGUGAGCUCCCUACCCCGCCACUUCUCGUCGACAAUCAUGGCCGGUUCUCCUCCAAGAAUUCUCCUCUGCGGCGACGUUCUUGGCCGCCUCAACCAGCUCUUCAAGCGAGUCCAAUCGGUGAACAAGUCCACCGGUCCCUUCGAUGCGCUUCUCUGCGUCGGCCAGUUCUUCCCUGAUUCCGCCAAUGGCCUGGAGGAGUUUGCUAACUACUUUGAUGGUUCUUCUCCCAUCCCCAUCCCAACCUACUUCAUUGGAGACUAUGGUGCUGGUUCCACUCGAUUCGUCUCCGCUGCGGCCAAGCUCCCCUCUAACAAUGGCUUCAAGACGGAUGGCCUUGAGGUUUGCCCUAAUCUCUAUUGGCUCAAGGGCAGUGGCAAGUUUUCACUCCACGGGUUAUCGGUCUUUUAUUUGUCCGGCAGGCAAAUUCCCGAUGACGAAGGUAAUGGCCGGUACAGUCGAGACGAUGUUGAUGCAUUGAGAGCUUUAGCGGAGGAGCCAGGAGUGGUGGAUAUUUUCAUGACUAAUGAAUGGCCAUCUGGAGUCUGGAAUAGAACUGAUUUAUCUGAAGCAGCCGCAGGAGUGUCAGAUCCUUCGGACAGUGAUCCUGUUGUCGCCGAACUGGCUGUGGAGAUAAAGCCUCGUUAUCACAUUGCUGGAACUAAAGCUGUGUUUUAUGCACGUGAACCCUACUUCAAUGAUGGUGCUGUACAUGUUACUCGUUUUAUCGGUCUAGCUUCUGUAGGGAACAAAGAGAAACUGAAAUUUAUUCAUGCAAUUUCUCCUACUCCAGCAUCUACAAUGCCGGCUUCAGAAGUCUGUUUAAAACCACCAAAUGCAACAGUAUCUCCAUAUACUUUGGAAGGCGCUAUCAAUCAUACAAAAGAACACACUAAAAGGCCCGCUAAUAGUGAUUCUGUUGAUCAAUACUGGCGGUACGAUGUUUCAAAAAAGAGGCCGAGGAAUGGAGUUGCUGGGGAAAGAUUGUGCUUCAAAUAUAUUUCUUCUGGAGCUUGUGCCCAAGGGAAAAAGUGUAGUUAUCGACACGAUGAAGAAGCCAGGGGACAAUAUCUUAAAAAUGUUUGUUUUGAUUUUCUUAACAAAGGAAAAUGUGAGCGUGGUCCGGAUUGCAGAUUUAGGCAUAAUUUGAUAGAGGAAGGAGAUACGCUCAUCGUAGAAGGGCAGGGUUGUCAAAAUGGAAAAUCUUAUAGGAGGAUCCCAGAGAAAAAGUGUUGGUUCUGCUUGUCAAGCCCUGAUGCUGAGGUCCAUCUUGUGCUUAGCAUCGGGGAAAGUUACUACUGUGCACUAGCCAAAGGUCCCCUUGUUCAAGAUCAUGUGCUGUUGAUACCGAUUGAGCACCACCCUAAUACUUUAACAACAUCGCCGGAGUCGGAGGUAGAACUUGGAAAUUAUAAAAAUGCCCUCAAAGUUUAUUUCAAGAACCAGGAAAAAGCAGUUGUGUUCUUUGAGUGGAUUUUUCAAAAUAGCCCUCACGCUAAUCUUCAGGUUGUACCAAUUCCCUUCUCCAAAGCAUCUAACGUGCAGCGGAUAUUUAAUUUCGCCGCCAAGAGAUUAGGAUUUGAAUUUUCAGUCACAGCUCCAGGUGGGGACAAUGGUGAAGGUAGAAUUUCUUUGAGAUCCGUGUUUGAUGGGAAAUCAAAUUUAUUUUACGUGGAACUCCCAAAUGGGACUAUACUUUCACAUUCUGUUGAUGAUAAGGAGAAGCUACCUGUUCAAUUUGGCCGCGAGGUAUUAGCAGGCCUCUUAAACAUGGCAGAUAAAGCAGAUUGGAGGAACUGUAAGCUGAGCAAAGACGAAGAGCUGCAGAUGGUGCAAAAUUUCAAGACAGGUUUUGAGGAAUUUGAUCCUGCUGCUUGAUAUAUAUAUAUAUAUAUAUAUAU